AUGCCGUUUCAGGCAUUUCGCAGAUUUGUCCAAAAGCUGGUACACAGACGUCCACCGGAGAAAGAAAUAUUUGAGAUUUCCUUUGACAGAAGAUUGAACGUUCUUGAUUUAGUGGCCCUGGGUGUGGGUCGCACUGUAGGUGCAGGUGUGUACGUCCUGGCUAGUGAAGUGGUCAGUAAUCAAGCAGGACCAUCCACUGUGAUCUGCUUUUUGGUGGCUGGCCUGUCUUCUGUGCUGGCUGGACUGUGCUAUGCUGAGAUUAGUGCUCAGGUUCCCCAUUCUGGCUCCUCAUAUCUCUACACCUAUGUCAUUAUUGGUGAACUCUGGGCUUUCAUCACUGGCUGGAACCUCAUCCUGUCCUUUAUUGCUGAUACAGUCAUUUAUAUCACGACCUGGGUCUUAACCUUUGACAACCUGCUUGGGAACCAGAUGUCUCAGAGCCUGCAUGAAAGCAUCUCUCAGCAUGUUCCCCAAGUCCUUGCAGACAAUCUAGUCUACUUUUCUGUGGCCCUUCUGUUGUUACUUAGAGAAAUUGAAUAUUUGAAUUUUUAUGAGUUAUUCGCCCUUUCCAAAGUGUUCACAUUGGUGAGAAUUUUGUUUCUCAGUUUCGUUAUCAUUUCUGGCUUCAUUAAGGGGGACCUGCACAACUGGAAGCUCACAGUAGAGGACUACACAAUGGCUGGACUCAAUGACACCUCUAGCUUGGGCCCUCUGGGCUCUGGAGGGUUUGUGCCUUUUGGCUUUGGGGGAAUUCUCCGUGGAGCAGCUACCUGUUUCUAUACAUUUAUAGGUUUCAGCAUUAUUGUUACCAGAGUGAAAGAAGUCCGGAAUCCCCAGCGUUCUAUCCCCCUGGGCAUUGUGAUUUCACUGUUCAUCUGCUUUGUGGUGUAUUUUGGUGUCUUUUCCGCACUUACACUUAUGGUGCCUUACUACAAGCUUCAACCUGGGAGCAUCUUGUCUGAGGCAUUUCUCCACAUUGGCUGGGCCCCUGCUUACUAUGUUGUGGGUUUUGGAUAUUUCUGUAGUGUUUGUGGCAUUUUCGUGGGCUUUAUGACCCCCGUACAUUGGAUGACAUACAUGAUGGCAGAGGAUGGCCUCCUGUUCCCUGUCUUUUCCAGGAUCUAUACCAGAAUAUACCCCCGCUUCGUGGCCACCAUGGUAUUUACGAUUAUUGCAGCAAUCAUGACAUUCUUCUUUGGAGUCACUGAUCUUGUGGACCUCAGGUCAAUUGGAACGCUGAUAUCUUAUUCUCUGGUUGCUUUUUGUGUUCUCAUCCUCAGGUAUCAACCUGAGAGGAAAAAUGGAGGACAUGAAGUAGAAGUGCAGCAGCAGAAUAGACUUGCAGCAGAGAGGCUGACUCUACAGGGACUAUUUUUUCCAGGCAGCUCCACCCCCACUGUGCUCUCCGGCCAGGUUGUCUAUGUGUGUUCCUCACUGCUUGCUUUGCUGCUUACUUUUCUGUGCCUGGUGCUGGCCCAGCGGCCAGCUCUGCUUUCUGGGGACCCAGUGUGGAUUUCAGUGACUGUGCUGCUCCUGGUGCUCAUCACAGGGCUCACUGGGGUCAUCUGGAGACAGCCACAGAGGCCCAGUCCCCCUCACUUUAAAGUUCCUGGUCUGCCUCUCCUCCCACUACUGAGCAUCUUCAUGAAUGUUUGCCUUAUGAUGCAGAUGACGGCUGCCACCUGGGCCCGAUUUGGUGUCUGGAUGCUGAUUGGAUUUGCUAUCUACUUCGCCUGUGGGAUCCAGCACAACCUGGUUGCUAACCCCACUUAAGUUAGUGCCCAAACUGUAGAACUUGAACUCAGCAGUGCCAGUACAUAUUUAUUUGACAUCAUCACACCUGAAUGCAGUAGGGUCUCCUUGCACAGUAAUGGAAAGUACUCCUGAGUUCAUGGAAAGGUAGGCCUCCCAUGGGAUAUUGGUGGGGGAAACACUAAAAGAGCUGGGUAUUUAUGGUGAAGUAAAGGAUACAUGUUUGAUCUCA